AUGUUUACCGUUUGGAAUGCAUCAUCACAACACUACGGUAUAGGACCAUCACAACACUAUGGUAUAGGACCAUCACAACACUACGGUAUAGGACCAUCACAACACUAUGGUAUAGGACCAUCACAACACUACGGUAUAGGACCAUCACAACACUAUGGUAUAGGACCAUCACAACGCUACGGUAUAGGACCAUCACAACACUACGGUAUAGGACCAUCACAACACUACGGUAUAGGACCAUCACAACACUACGGUAUAGGACCAUCACAACACUACGGUAUAGGACCAUCACAACACUACGGUAUAGGACCAUCACAACGCUACGGUAUAGGACCAUCACAACGCUACGGUAUAGGACCAUCACAACACUACGGUAUAGGACCAUCACAACACUAUGGUAUAGGACCAUCACAACACUACGGUAUAGGACCAUCACAACACUACGGUAUAGGACCAUCACAACGCUACGGUAUAGGACCAUCACAACGCUACGGUAUAGGACCAUCACAACACUACGGUAUAGGACCAUCACAACACUACGGUAUAGGACCAUCACAACGCUACGGUAUAGGACCAUCACAACGCUACGGUAUUGGACCAUCACAACACUACGGUAUAGGACCAUCACAACACUAUGGUAUAGGACCAUCACAACGCUACGGUAUAGGACCAUCACAACACUACGGUAUAGGACCAUCACAACACUAUGGUAUAGGACCAUCACAACACUAUGGUAUAGGACCAUCACAACACUAUGGUAUAGGACCAUCACAACACUAUGGUAUAGGACCAUCACAACACUAUGGUAUAGGACCAUCACAACACUACGGUAUAGGACUACGGUAUAGGACCAUCACAACACUACGGUAUAGGACCAUCACAACGCUACGGUAUAGGACCAUCACAACACUACGGUAUAGGACCAUCACAACACUACGGUAUAGGACCAUCACAACACUACGGUACAGGACCAUCACAACACUAUGGUACAGGACCAUCACAACACUACGGUAUAGGACCAUCACAACACUACGGUAUAGGACCAUCACAACACUAUGGUAUAGGACCAUCACAACACUACGGUAUAGGACCAUCACAACACUAUGGUAUAGGACCAUCACAACACUACGGUAUAGGACCAUCACAACGGUAUAGGACCAUCACAACACUACGGUAUAGGACCAUCACAACGGUAUAGGACCAUCACAACACUAUGGUAUAGGACCAUCACAACACUAUGGUACAGGACCAUCACAACACUACGGUAUAGGACCAUCACAACACUACGGUAUAGGACCAUCACAACACUAUGGUAUAGGACCAUCACAACGGUAUAGGACCAUCACAACACUACGGUAUAGGACCAUCACAACACUACGGUAUAGGACCAUCACAACACUACGGUAUAGGACCAUCACAACACUACGGUAUAGGACCAUCACAACACUAUGGUACAGGACCAUCACAACACUACGGUAUAGGACCAUCACAACACUACGGUAUAGGACCAUCACAACACUACGGUAUAGGACCAUCACAACACUAUGGUAUAGGACCAUCACAACACUACGGUAUAGGACCAUCACAACGGUAUAGGACCAUCACAACACUACGGUAUAGGACCAUCACAACGGUAUAGGACCAUCACAACACUAUGGUAUAGGACCAUCACAACACUAUGGUACAGGACCAUCACAACACUAUGGUAUAGGACCAUCACAACACUACGAUACUAGACCAUCACAACGCUACGGUAUAGGACCAUCACAACACUACGGUAUAGGACCAUCACAACACUAUGGUAUAGGACCAUCACAACACUAUGGUAUAGGACCAUCACAACACUACGGUAUAGGACCAUCACAACACUAUGGUAUAGGACCAUCACAACACUACGGUACAGGACCAUCACAACACUACGGUACAGGACCAUCACAACACUACGGUAUAGGACCAUCACAACACUACGGUAUAGGACCAUCACAACACUACGGUAUAGGACCAUCACAACACUACGGUAUAGGACCAUCACAACGCUAUGGUAUAGGACCAUCACAACACUACGGUAUAGGACCAUCACAACGCUACGGUAUAGGACCAUCACAACGCUACGGUAUAGGACCAUCACAACGCUACGGUAUAGGACCAUCACAACACUACGGUAUAGGACCAUCACAACACUACGGUAUAGGACCAUCACAACGCUACGGUAUAGGACCAUCACAACACUACAGUAUAGGACCAUCACAACACUACGGUAUAGGACCAUCACAACACUACGGUAUAGGACCAUCACAACACUACGGUAUAGGACCAUCACAACACUACGGUAUAGGACCAUCACAACACUAUGGUAUAGGACCAUCACAACACUACGGUAUAGGACCAUCACAACACUACGGUACAGGACCAUCACAACACUAUGGUACAGGACCAUCACAACACUACGGUAUAGGACCAUCACAACACUACGGUAUAGGACCAUCACAACACUAUGGUAUAGGACCAUCACAACACUACGGUAUAGGACCAUCACAACACUACGGUAUAGGACCAUCACAACACUACGGUAUAGGACCAUCACAACACUACGGUACAGGACCAUCACAACACUACGGUAUAGGACCAUCACAACACUACGGUAUAGGACCAUCACAACACUACGGUAUAGGACCAUCACAACACUACGGUAUAGGACCAUCACAACACUACGGUAUAGGACCAUCACAACACUAUGGUAUAGGACCAUCACAACACUACGGUAUAGGACCAUCACAACACUACGGUAUAGGACCAUCACAACACUAUGGUAUAGGACCAUCACAACACUACGGUAUAGGACCAUCACAACACUACGGUAUAGGACCAUCACAACACUAUGGUAUAGGACCAUCACAACACUACGGUAUAGGACCAUCACAACACUACGGUACAGGACCAUCACAACACUACGGUACUAGACCAUCACAACACUACGGUAUAGGACCAUCACAACACUACGGUAUAGGACCAUCACAACACUAUGGUAUAGGACCAUCACAACACUACGGUAUAGGACCAUCACAACACUACGGUACAGGACCAUCACAACACUACGGUAUAGGACCAUCACAACACUACUAUAUUCAAACAGGACUAUGUAACAUGGAACAUUAUCAUUGA